AAAGGCCAAAAUGAAUGCCAAUUGUGGAUGAAAUUCAAAUGAAUUAUCGUUUUUUUGGCAUUCUGAAGCAUCAUAGGCAUUUUCCGGUUCCCGGUUCAACCGUGCUACAAGUCUUCCAGAUGAUCAAACUCCUUGGAGCUGCCGGGAGCUGCCACUAACAGCACGGAAGCGGCUAAGUCCUGAAACGGGAUCCCACCUCUUUCGCCCUUUAUUAUUGCCUGCUGCUCUAAAUGGAAUUGAAUCCGCCGCCGUGGAACACUGUCGACAUUAUCGUGCACAGUCAGGGCGUCAUCGACGUUCUCCUGGACAAGCACGACUUCUCGAUGAGUUUCUUUGACGGCAAAGAGAAGAUCACUGUCGAUCAGAUGCCCGUUUUCUCGCCCAUACCUUACGACGUCAAGAAGCGGCUCAUAUGGAUCAAGUUUUCUGCCAUCAGAAUGCCGAUCGAUUUGUACUACAUUUCUCGGAGUCCUCCUUGUAGGGCUGUUAUGAUGACGGCGUAUUUGGCCGGGUUUGGACCUCAAUCUGAAGCUGCUGAACCUGAUGAACCACGAAUUCAUGACAAUCAACCCGCAGCACAACGUCCCUACCAUCGUCGACGACGGAUUUUUUUUUAA